GUGGUGUUUGACUGUGUUGUUUAAAACGAUAUUGUGCUAUAAUUUAUUUCCUUCAUGUAUUUCUGAUAAUUAAUUAUUCAGUAUUCCACGUAACUAGGGAAACAAAUAUUACGUCACGCGAAAUGUGAACAUCAAUACAAUCAAUCACUCCACUACUAUAAUUGUAGUUUUCAUAUCGAAUCUUCGCAUUGUGUUUGGUCGUAAAAUAUGUCAUCAUUUGUAAUCCAUAAUAACUCCAGUGUAGUGAGUGUGGAUGAGGCGACAACAAAGGAUGGAGUUACAUACUACACAAUCAACGUUGCAGUGGGCCCCGUCAACUGGAACGUUUCUCAUCGCUACAGUGAUUUUUUAGAGCUCCAUGAAUACUUGGUCACAAACCAUGGGGUGGCGAAAGAGUUACUUCCGCCGAAGAAAGUUAUUAGGAACAAGACCCCCAAAUUUAUCGAACAUAGGCGUGAAGCCCUCAAUGUCUAUCUUAAAAAUAUCUUCAAUUAUUUAAGGCUCUCAAUGCCAUAUGAAUUCGCCCACUUUUUACACUUUCAUUUGUAUGAUAUAUACUUUUUACUGCAAGAUCUAGCAAAGACAUUGUUUUUAGAAGGUGAUAAAUUAUUGGAAGCUGAAAAAUCACACAAAUUUACUCCAUUACAGUUGCAUGCAAUAAGUGAACGAUUGAAAAUGGCCUGCCCGUCUACAGAGAAAGUCGAUCAAAUGUAUGAUUUCAGUCACAUAUUGGAUUACUGUUCACACCUCCAUUCACUGAGUAUAGAGGGAAGUUAUGAGAAAUAUGGUACAAGUAACAUUGUGCCCAACAAUUUACAGUUCACCCUCGUUCCAUUUAAGGGCCUGCUAGAUUUAAACAUAAUGGGAGUACCAAUGGCAUGCAUAGAGAGUGUUGGUACACUCCGCAACACACUUGUCAGUUUAUACAUACAAAUAGCUAAUGUGGUGUCGCUGAAUGAGUUCCUACUAGUAGAUAUUCUACACAAAGAUCCAUCGAGCAUUAACGAUACUCUUAAAUGGAAUAAGCUGAUAAUUGUAAACUUCGCAAGCAACAGUAUAAAACAAGUAGACUGGGCCAUUAAAUUGGUACCGAAAUUACAGCAACUAAAUUUCUCAUCCAACAGACUGACCGAACUCUGCGAUAUAUCGUGUCUCCAUGAACUGAGGGUACUCAAUCUAUCAAUGAAUAAAUUCUCAGCAUGCGAGAACUGGCACGCUAAAAUUGGGAAUGUAGUUAAAAUUGAUCUAUCGCAGAACCAAGUUGUCUCCCUACAAGGUUUCUCACGAUUGUAUUCUCUAGAGAGUCUAGAUUUAAGCUGUAAUCUCAUCACUGAUGUAGAAGAAGUCCAGCAUAUCUGUAAGUUGCCUUGUUUAGAAUAUCUACGGUUAACUGCCAACCCGGUCGCCUCGACCAUAGAUUAUAGAGUGAAAGUAAUAGAACAGUUCAAUGCAAGAAUGGGAGAGCUGUGUCUGGACAACGAGAAGGCAUCCGAAAAGGAAUUAGAUACGGCGAGAGUGUUGCAAGCUUUAAGGACAGUUAAGGAAGGCAAAAUGCCUAGUUUCCUUGAGAAUAACAACACAAGUUUUAGCUUUCGUAACAGUUGACAGUAAGGUUUGUUGAGCUAGUUUGUAGGUUGACGUCCAUUACUAUGUGCUUUACUUGAGGGGACUAAUGUUAU